GCUGACUGCAAAUUACUACCACCACCCUUUCGAAAAGCAUCCCCGAUGACGACAACGCGACCUAUCGUAUUCAUGGACAUCAACAUUGGAGAGACGCCUGCCGGUCGGCUCAAGAUGGAACUGUUUAGCGAUGUCGUCCCCAAGACCGCGGAGAACUUCCGCCAACUGUGUACGGGGGAGUACCGAGUGAAUUCUCGUCCUCAAGGAUACAAAAAUGCAACCUUCCAUCG